AUGAGUGGUCAUCCGCCGCAGAGGCGGCCAGUCAAUGUUGGCUCUAUUCUCCUCACCCCGCAGGAGAACGAAUGCCUCUUCAACUGCCUAGGCAGGAAAUGCACUACUCUUGGUUCAGCAGUGGUCCAGGUCUAUGCUGCGGAGAGAGGUUCCUCAUGGGUGAAAAAAUGUUGUGGCGUGGUGUGUCUGGUCAAAGACAACCCUCUGAGAUCUUACUUCAUCCGUGUGUUUGACAUCAGGGAUGGAAAGACAAAGUUUGAGCAAGAACUCUACAAUAACUUUUCAAGCAAUAAUCCUAGACCAUACUUCAUUUCAUUUGCAGGAGAUUCUUGUCAAAUUGGCCUUAACUUUGCCAGUGAGGAAGAGGCAAAGCGCUUUCGGGCUGCCCUGAAUGACUUACUGAGCAGAAGACAGAGGAAAACCGAGAAAAGGCGUGAUCCUCCAAAUGGGCCGGCGUUGCCUAUGGCAACGGUGGACAUCAAGAAUCCAGAGAUCAACAAUGUUCGCUUCCACAACAACUCCCACAUGAACAACAUGGUGCACAGCAGCUUCAACAAAAAGGAGAAGAAGCUUAAAGGGAAGAGGAAGAAGCUAACCAAGGCCGACAUUGGCACACCAAGCAACUUCCAGCACAUUGGCCAUGUGGGUUGGGAUCCGAACACCGGUUUCGAUCUGAAUAAUCUGGAUCCAGAGCUGAAGAACUUAUUUGACAUGUGUGGCAUAUCUGAAGCCCAGCUCAAAGACAAAGAGACUUCAAAGGUCAUCUACGACUUCAUUGAGAAGAAGGGAGGAGUGGAGGCUGUCAAGAAUGAGUUGCGGAGGCAAGCACCUCCACCCCCUCCUUCACGUGGUGGUCCUCCUCCUCCACCCCCUCCUCAUACCUCUGGACCUCCCCCACCACCUCCUCCUUCUCGGGGACGAGGUGCUCCACCACCACCUCCCCCUUCCAGAGCACCAACAUCUGCUCCACCCCCACCUCCACCAUCCAGACUGGGCAUGGGAGCUCCCCCUCCACCACCUCCACCGAGCAGAGGACAUCCACCCCCUCCUCCACCUGCACACGCCUCUAUCAGCCACCAUGCCCCACCUCCUCCCCCACCCCCGACAUCAUCUGGAGGAGGUGCUGCUCCUCCACCUCCGCCUCCCCCACCACCACCACCUCCUGGACCUCCUCCUCCACCCGAUAUGAAUGGAGGGGGAGAGACGCUGCCAUCACCCAUGCCAGGGAAGUCUGCCUUGCUGGAACAGAUCAGAGAGGGGACCCAGCUGAAGAAAGUGGAGCAGAAUAGCAAGCCAGCGUCUAGCACAGGAAGAGAUGCACUACUCGACCAAAUCCGCCAGGGCAUCCAGCUGAAAACGGUAUCUGAGGGCCCAGAUUCCAGUCCCCCUACCCCUGCUCCUGCAACAGGCAUUGUUGGGGCUCUGAUGGAGGUGAUGCAGAAAAGGAGUAAAGCCAUCCAUUCCUCAGAUGAAGAUGAUGAUGAUGAUGAUGAUGAAGAUUUUGAGGAUGAGGAUGAAUGGGAAGAUUAA